AUGGCAACGAAAGUGACGAAAAAGUGUCUCGAAAAAAGAAUUUUAUAAACAUUUUCCUACAGAAUUUAGUAGAAACGUACUGAAAUGAUUGAAUGCACUUGAGCAAUCUUGAAAUGCAUUAAAACUUUGAAGUUAAACUUGGAAUUUUAGUAAAACACACCCGCCAGUCCCAUCCCACCAGUCUGUGCAACGACAUCGAACAGGUCAAUCGCACGCAGUGUAGCAAGUGAAACAUCGGGUAAAAGGUGUAUACUACUGCAAACACUACCGCGAUGAGUACUACAGGUGUUUUGCCGUUUGUACGGGGAAUAGAUUUCACCAACAAUGACUUCAGCGUAAACAAAUUCCCCAAAAACAUCAAGCACAUGUCGGGCGUCCAGUGGCUUAAGCUGGACCGUACCGGCAUGGAUACGAUACCAGACGAAAUGGGCAAGCUGGUGAAGCUUGAGCACUUGUCGAUGAAAAACAAUCAAUUGGACAAGCUAUUUGGCCAGCUGAGCGAGCUUGGCUGUCUACGAUCGUUGAACGUGCGCCGCAACAAGCUAAAGAGUCAUACCAUUCCAUCCGAUCUGUUCGAGCUGGAAGAGUUGACUACGCUUGAUUUAUCACACAACCGACUGAAGGAAGUACCGGAGGGUUUGGAAAGAGCCAAAGCUUUAUUAGUAUUGAAUUUGAGCAACAAUCAAAUUGAAACCAUUCCACCAUCGUUGUUUAUAAAUCUUACCGAUUUGCUUUUCCUGGAUCUGUCCAAUAACAAGCUAGAAACGCUUCCUCCUCAAACUAGACGCUUAUCGAAUUUGCAGACGCUGAUAUUGAACGACAACCCGCUGGAGCUGUUCCAGCUGCGUCAGCUACCGUCGCUACAAAGCUUGGUUUGUUUGCAGAUGCGAAACACUCAACGUACGAUUAAUAACUUUCCCGCCUCGCUGGACAGUCUGUCAAAUCUACAAGAGCUGGACUUAUCGCAGAAUGCCCUAUCCAAGGUGCCAGGUGCACUGUACAAUCUCGCCAACGUAAAGCGGCUGAAUUUGAACGACAAUGUCCUAGAGGAGAUUUCGCCGCUGAUAGAAAAUCUGACCAAGUUGGAAACGUUAAACCUGUCCCGCAACAAGUUAACCACCCUUCCGGCUGCCAUCUGCAAGCUGCAACAACUCCGCCGGUUGUAUGUAAAUGACAACUUGCUCAACUUUGAGGGCAUCCCGUCUAGCAUUGGUAAACUGAGCGCGCUGGAAGUAUUCUCAGCAUCGAACAACGAGCUCGAAAUGGUACCGGAGGGGCUGUGUCGGGGCUGUGGCUCGCUGAAGAAGUUGAACCUUAGCUCCAACAAGUUGAUCACGCUCCCCGAAGCCAUCCAUUUGCUGACUGACAUGGAGCAGCUGGAUCUGCGCAACAAUCCCGACCUUGUGAUGCCACCGAAACCAAUUGAGGCUCAGCGAGGGGACGGAUUAGCGUACUAUAAUAUCGACUUCUCGCUUCAGACACAAUUGCGCCUAGCGGGAGCGAACGUACCGGCGCAGGUUCAGGGAGCAGCUAAUAGUGGGAAGGAUCCAAUUGCGCGCAAGCUCCGCCUACGGCGUGGCGCUCGUAACGACUCUACCGACAACCAGGACUCGGCCAAAAUCCUCAAGGGUAUGCAGGACAUCGCAAAGGAGAAAAACAAUGGGCUCGGUUUUGGCGAAGACAAGGUGGAAAAUCUUAAACCCAAACGGUGGGACGAAACGCUCGAAAAACCGCCGGUAGAUUAUUCGGAGAUCUUCGAAGAUGAGGACGGUCAGUAUCCGGGACUGACUGUUUGGGAAAUUGAAAAUUUUCUACCGAAUAAAAUCGAGGAGGCAGCGCACGGCAAGUUCUACGAAGGCGACUGCUACAUCGUGCUAAAGACCUCGCACGACGAUAGCGGCCAACUGUCAUGGGAAAUAUAUUUCUGGAUCGGAACGAAGGCAACCCUCGACAAGCGUGCCUGUUCGGCAAUCCAUGCCGUGAAUCUGCGGAAUUAUUUGGGCGCCCGCUGUCGAACGAUCCGCGAGGAGCAGGGUGAUGAAUCGGACGAGUUUAUGGCACUGUUCGACACCGAUGUGACGUACAUCGAGGGCGGCCGUACACCGACCGGUUUCUAUACGAUCGAAAACUCGGUUUACAUCAUCCGGCUCUACCGUGUGCAUGAUGCUGGAGCGAACAUUCAUCUGGAACCGGUUCCCGUUAGCCAUCGGUCACUAGAUCCCGGGUACGUGUUUCUACUGGACACUGGGCUGCACAUAUUCGUGUGGUACGGAGUGCGCUCGAAGAACACGCUCAAAUCGAAGGCCCGCUUCACGGCGGAGAAGAUCAACAAGCACGAGCGUAAGAAUAAGGCUGAAAUCUACCAGGAAUACCAGCGCCAGGAAAGCUUGGACUUUUGGCGUGCGUUAGGAUUCUCCGAUGGCCAGGGACCGCAAGAUGAGGAAGCGGAAUGUCUUAACCAAUCGCACGUCGAUCCGGAGUUUGUGCCGGUUCCGCCGCGUCUCUACCAGAUCCAGCUGGGCAUGGGUUACCUCGAGCUGCCGCAGGUAGAGCUUCCGGGCGGUGGUAGCAAUAAGCAGCUGACGCACACCAUUCUAGCCAGCAAGAAUGUGUACAUCCUCGACUGCUAUCUGGAUUUGUUCGUGUGGUUUGGAAAGAAAUCGACAAGACUGGUGCGAGCGGCCGCCAUUAAACUUUCGCAAGAACUGUUCACCAUGAUCGAUCGACCGGAGUACGCACUGAUCACCCGCGUUCAGGAAGGCACUGAAACGCAGGUAUUCAAGUCGAAGUUCACUGGCUGGGAGGAAAUCAUUGCGGUUGAUUUUACGCGCACGGCCCAAUCGGUUGCUCGCACCGGAGCCGACCUCACGCAGUGGGCUAAGCAGCAACAAACCAAGGCGGACCUGGCGGCACUCUUUAUGCCCCGCCAGCCGGCCAUGACACCAAUCGAGGCCGCACAGCUUGCGGAAGAUUGGAACUACGACCUCGACGUGAUGGAACCGUUCGUGUUGGAGAACAAAAAGUUCGUGCGCUUGCCGGAGGAAGAACUCGGUGUGUUUUACACCGGUGAGUGUUACGUGUUUCUCUGCCGCUACUGCCUCCCGGUAGAUGAGGACGACGAGGCCGAAACGGAAGUGGACGGUGAAGGUGCCUCGGGUGGUGCGAACGACGUUGGUGCCGGAGCAACGGGAGCGGGCCCGGUGAUGAAAACAAUGAAACAACUCGAUCCAGUGGCGGCUCCCGCCGAGGAAAUACAGUGUGUGGUGUACUUCUGGCAGGGUCGUGAGGCGGGCAAUAUGGGAUGGCUCACCUUUACCUUUACGCUGCAGAAAAAAUUCAAAUCGAUGUUUGGCGAAGAGCUGGAAGUGGUUCGGAUACACCAGCAGCAGGAAAACUUGAAGUUCAUGUCGCACUUUAAGGGCAAGUUCACUAUCAAGAACGGGCGGCGUAAAGAGCGCCAGCGUACGCCGGAAGGAAAGCUCCCGGUCGAGUUCUACCACCUGCGCCAGAACGGCAGUGCUCUUUGCACUCGCCUCAUACAGGUCAAACCGGAGGCCUCCUUACUCAACUCAGCUUUCUGUUACAUCCUGUUCGUACCGUUUGAAACGGAUGAUGACUCCGAGUCGGGUAUCGUUUACGUGUGGAUCGGAUCGAAAACGACGGGUGAAGAAUCUCGAUUGAUUCAGGAAAUUGCCGAAGACAUGUUCAACAACCCUUGGGUUAGCUUGCAGAUACUCCACGAGGGCGAGGAACCUGAAAACUUCUUCUGGGUCGCACUUGGCGGACGCAAACCGUACGACACCGAUGCGGAGUACAUGAGCUACACGCGUUUGUUCCGGUGUUCGAACGAGAAGGGCUACUUCACGGUGGCCGAAAAGUGUUCGGACUUCUGUCAGGACGAUCUGGCCGACGAUGACAUCAUGAUACUGGACAACGGUGAGCAGGUGUUCUUGUGGCUGGGAUCCCGCUGCAGCGAAGUGGAGAUUAAGCUGGCCUACAAGUCUGCACAGGUCUACAUUCAGCAUAUGCGCAUCAAACAACCCGAGCGACCGCGCAAGUUAUUCCUUACGUUGAAAAACAAGGAAUCGAAAAGGUUUACCAAAUGCUUCCAUGGUUGGAGCGCGCACAAGAAACCUCCAGAGUAAACAACCUUGAGCAGGCGUGGAGCAUCAAACUAUAAAAGAGAGAUAAAACAACGCACGAACUUUAAAUAAGUUUACGAAAAAAUCAAGAAAGACAAACUCGGAGAGCACCGUUGCAUGGGUAAUUCAUUUUACACGAUUACUGUAUCUUGACUUUUGUAAUUUAUUGUAAUUAUAUUAUUUAUUACUGCACAAUCCAAACAUCCACGAGCAGCAGAUGUGUUAACCGUUGUUUAAGAUGUCGGUUUUUUGUUGCUUUGUAUGAAAACGAGAAUUUGUUUAAGCUUAAAGUCUUUCGUACAAUCAUAACGUGUACUGGUAACAUUUUUUCUAUAGUCAUUAUUAAUAACUUGUAUGUUGAGAAGUUAUAACAGUUUUUACUGCUUUUUUUUGUAAUUGUAUAUGGUUUACUGUAAAGAAAGUGUUCGGAUAUCCGGGAUUUUGGCAUAGUUUUUUUUUUUAAUUUGAACAGUUAUGUAGUGAUUUGAUAUUUCCCUUAUUUUAUUAACGUACGGUUCCUAGUACCGUGUUAAGCAACGUUAAAUAUUUACGAAAUACUGUAAAAUGGAUAUUGUAAAAAUAAUCAAUUGAAAAAUCAAUAAAAAUCCGCGAGAUGGUAGAAAUAUAUAAACA